UUUUACCACUUUUAAUCUGCAAAAAUAACUUAUCAUUCCGUGAAAAAUACUCUUCAUUUAAUUUCGAUGCGUUUUCCCUCGUGAAAUCCACCGCUCUCUCUCUCUCUCUCUCUAGAUUCCCCUUUUUCUCUUCUUCCUUGGGAUCCCUUUUUUCCCAAUUCAAAAUUAAAUAAAAUUAUUUAUUUAUUAAUUUCAUUUUUUUUUUAAUUUAAUCAACGAGGUUUUCCUUCGAAUCGACCAGUGUGUCCCAAAAGAUUGAAUCUUGGACACAACCCACAUUCCAAAUCGCACAAAAUUAAUGCCUCGUGUGUGAAAAUCAGUUGUUUCGCAUUACAAAAUUUGGGUUUUAAAUUACACGGGUGGAAAUUGUACCGAGAUGAAUUGUUUGCGAUGGAAGUGAGGCGCAGAUGGAGGCGGUUAGAUCAGAGAGAAAUGCGGAAAAGUUGCCGCCAUUGCAGGGGCCAGUGAUGCAGAGGACGAGGUUACAAGUGUGGUUUAUUAGGGUUUGUUCUAGCAUACUAAUAUGGACGUGUCUGGUUCAACUGGCGGCAGUUGGGGAGCUAUGGCACCCCCGUGUGCUCACCGGCUAUACGGGCCCCAUGAAAAUGUCGGCCCAUCGAGAGGGAGCAUUGCCUCCUUCGCCUCCGCCUUUCGUUCCGGCUAGGAGGUACACGAGCAAUGGGUUUCUCAGAGUCACUUGCAACGGUGGCUUGAAUCAAAUGCGCUCUGCGAUUUGUGACAUGGUGACAAUUGCUCGACUUUUAAAUCUUACACUGAUUGUCCCCGAACUUGACAAGACGUCUUUUUGGGCUGAUCCUAGCAAUUUUGAGGAUAUUUUCGAUGUGGGACAUUUCAUCAAUUCAUUAAGAGACGAAGUCCGAAUUAUAAAGAGAUUGCCGAAGAGAUUAGGCCUUCGAUACGGAUAUCAACCACUUGCAAUGCCACCUGUUAGCUGGUCCAACGAGCAAUACUAUUUGCAACAGAUUCUGCCUCUAUUUGAUAAGCACAAGGUGAUACAUUUCAACCGAACGGAUUCACGAUUGGCUAACAAUGGGAUUUCUCUUGAGCUUCAGAAGCUUAGAUGCCGUGUCAAUUUUCAGGCACUGAAAUUUACACCUGAAAUCGAGGCACUAGGAAAUAAGUUAAUCGACAUUAUUAAACAAAAGGGACCUUAUUUAGCGUUGCAUUUGAGAUACGAAAUGGACAUGUUGGCCUUUUCGGGCUGCACCCAUGGCUGCACCGAAGUGGAAGCUGAGGAGCUUAAACAAUUGAGGUAUGCAUUUCCGUGGUGGAGGGAAAAAGAGAUACUAUCUGAAGAGAAGAGAUCUAACGGCUUAUGUCCUCUUACACCAGAAGAAACUGCUUUGAUUUUGCAAGCAUUGGGUUUUCACAAAGACACGCAAAUCUAUAUUGCAUCCGGUGAGAUUUACGGUAAUCAGAGAAGACUUGCAGCGCUAAGAGCUGCCUUUCCAAAUAUCGUGAAAAAGGAAAUGCUGCUAGCUCCAGACGAUUUGAGGCUGUUCCAGAAUCACUCGUCUCAAAUGGCAGCGCUCGAUUUUAUGGUGUCCGUUGCUAGUGAUAUUUUUGUCCCCACUUAUGAUGGAAACAUGGCAAGGGUUGUCGAAGGUCAUCGUAGGAAUCUUGGGUUCAAAAAGACAUUCCAACUGGACCGAAGAAAGCUCGUCGAAUUGUUGGAUUUACAUCAAAACGGAACUCUUUCACUGGACGAGUUUUCAGUUUCCGUUCGGCUAGCUCACGAGAGAAGAAUGGGGCAGCCAGCUCAGCGCAGGGUUAUUGCAAACAAGCCCAAAGAAGAAGAAUAUUUCUAUUCAAAUCCUCAAGAAUGCCUGUGUGAGGGCAUUACUUGUGCCGACUCAUUUGCCCCUGGAAAUAAAACUAUAUUCAAGUGAAACCCACGACCGGGAAUUUAUUUGUACCACGGGCCCACGUGUACGGAUAGAGCUCCGAACCAAAAGAAGAGAAACUAUAUGCCACUUCAAUAAGCAAAGGCUUGGAUUUGGCAGAAUAGCAAGAUUUCGACUGAGUUUAUAAUUGCCUAGGUAUGUGAAUUGUAAAGAAAUUGCACGAAAAAACGAGAUACGUUGAAAGCUUUUGAGUAAUUAAAUGCAUUGAUUCAUUUUUUGUUCG